ACAUAAAGUCGACGGUCGAGACCGCAAACUGUUAGUUCUACGCCUAUGAUUGACGAGUCCCUAUCGCACAUUAUGAUGAUUACGCUAUAGAUAGAUAGAUUGAAAUUAUUUAAUUUAAACAAUCAAUUCCUUCGAGUUGCUUCAUAAAGAGGGCGCAGAACGUUAUCGAUCAACCGUGUGCAUACAGGUUACCGAAAGGAUUUGUUUACUCGUGGAAAUGGAGCUGGCACCGCAUUUUAAAAUCAACGUUGUUGAAAAUGCAUUGGAAGAUUGCAUUUUCCAACUUAUUCAACACGUGAGACCGAAGUGGGAUACCGCUAGGAUCAAAACAAAGUUGAUGACAGAUGGCAUUACGAACAAACUAGUCCUAUGCAGAAAUAUAACAGAUGACGGUAUUGAGGAACAUUUACUGGUCAGAGUAUAUGGACACAAGACUGAUUUGCUCAUUGAUAGGAAAGCGGAGAUACGAAAUAUCCAACUGCUUCAUCAGUACGGUCUUGCCCCAUCUCUAUAUGCCACCUUCGAAAAUGGUUUGGUUUAUGAAUUCAUACCUGGAAGAACUCUCUCUUAUGAAGAUGUGUCAAACCCUAAAAUAUACAAAAUGAUCGCUAAAGAAAUGGCGAAGAUGCAUAAAGUAAAGCACCCUGUUGAUCAAAAGCCGGUAGCUAAUUUCUGGUCAAAAUUGCAGCAGUUCGUGGAUUUGGUUCCGGAUAAGUUUGAUGAUGAGAUCAAACAGAAGGCUUACGAAAAGCAGAAUUUCCCCAAGGAGCAGUUAUUGAAAGAGAUAAGAGAAUUCAGGGAAGGGGUUAGAGAUUUCGAUAUGGAUAUCGUGUUUGCUCAUAACGAUCUUUUACUGGGUAACAUCAUUUACAACGAGGCCAAAAACAAGGUUUUUUUCAUCGAUUACGAGUAUGCCAGCUACAACUACCAACCUUUCGACAUAGCCAAUCAUUUCACGGAAUUUGCAGGUGUGAGCGAAAUAGAUUACAGUAGAUUUCCGCAGAAAGAUCUUCAAAUGGACUGGCUUAAGACUUAUCUAUUGGAAUAUAAGGGUGUAACGGCUGUGAGCGAUAGGGAUGUUGAAACUUUAUACAUACAAGUCAACAAGUUUGUUUUGGCAGCACAUCUUUUCUGGUAUUCGUGGUCCCUAAUCCAAGCAGCCCAUUCUCACAUCGAUUUUGAUUUUAUAGGAUACGCAGCUAAUCGUAUCGAAGAUUAUUUUAAGAGGAAACCAGAAAUAUCAGCUUUAUAGUUGCUAGAAUCAAUUUGAUGACCUUCCUCUCGGAUCUACAAAACCAUCACGAUAUUUGAUGCGGUUAUGGAGAUUGAGAAUCUCACUGGAGGUAGUUUGUUACCUGAUUGAUUUUUUGCUGUAUAAAUUGUUAUUAUAUUUCA